GGAGAGGCUGCGCUGGGAAACAGGGCCCUGCAGAGACCGGGGGGCUGUAUCCUGUCCAAAAGCCCAGGUCCCACAUGAAGCCAGGCAUGCGAACGCGAUCCAAACCACAGCUGGAUUUGAACCGAAUCUCCCAGCAUCUGGGCUAAUUUGCUGCAACUUUGAUUGAUCGUGGGGAGGGGGCACAGGCGGGAAACGCUCCAGCUCAGACCUCCCAACAGAGCCAAUGACUUAACCAGAGCUGGUUCCAAUCUGCUCAGCACAUUGAGGCGAAAAUGCCCCUUUCUCUGCGCGCUGCCGGUCGCCGGCGCUGGCUCUUCCCGUGGUCCUGCAGCCCGACUGUCCCCGAUGUCCCUCGGAGCUGGACAUGGGCUGCAGCUCCCUGGGGACACCCGGCAGUUUUUGAGAGCUCUGGGUGCGGAACGCUGGCUCAGGCUGCUGUGUUAGGAUUCCUCCAGAAGGCUGAGCAGGACAGGACGGGGGAUACUCGUGCAAGAAACCCCCCUCCACCUGCCCCAAACCCCUGCGGGCACCGAUCCCCCCCUCUGCUCCUGGGAGAGGCCGGGAAUGGGAGAGGAGCUGCAAAGGAGGGUGGAAAAGGUGAAGGGUUUUUCCAUUCCCUCCCUCGGCCGCUGCCCCCGAGGCUCGGCGUCACUCAGCAGGUAGCUGGGGCAGCCCGGGGUCCCGGCCGGCCCCGGGGGAUGCAGCUGUCUGGGAGCCGCUCGCUGCCGUGAUUUAUGCAGCUCAGCCCCAUAAAUUACCGGGACGGAGCCCGCGGGAGCCAUCGCUCACAGCGACGUCCAGAGCUCGCUGCCAGAACCUGAAACACUUCCAGCCGUUAAUUGAAGAGGGAAAAAAAAAAAUAAAAAUGGGAGAGGGGGGAGAAAUUAGUGCCCGGGGAGUUGGGAUUAAACCGCGGCUCUAACGAGGGUCGCCCACGUCCCGCUCCCAGGAUCCCGGCGCUUCCUGUGGGCACAAGCCCAGCAUGGGGAGCAGGGAGGGGAAUUUCUGAGCCUGGGAUGAGCCCGCGGGCAGUGACACUCCGUCCCGGUCCCCAGGGUGACAUUUCCGUAGUGAACUGGGACACGCUGAAUCUAAAGGGAAUCUGAGGGUCAGUUCCAGGUGAGCGAUGCUGAACUGUGAGGGCAAGGGCUGCCACCAACCUGCACCUUCCGUUGCAGCAUCCAUCCCUUUUUGCUUCGAAUUCAGGGCUGGCCAAACCCUGUCCCAGGCACCAGCCCCCCCCCAUUGGCUCCCACUCACCAGGGGACCGGGGUUAUGGGGUGAAACCCCAAGAGUCCGAGUGGGAGGGAUGGCACUGCUCGGGGUGCCCUGCUCAGGUCAGGGGGUGCCAGCGGGACACCCCAGGGUUAGCAGCCGCCCUGGGGAAGCCCAUCACGAUGCUUUGCUGUACCAGGAGGUUGUGCAAGAGGCUGCGGCUGUGAGAAAGGAGAAGUGAAAGUGUGAAGCGAGAGGCGGCUCCCCCCGCGCCUAGGGGGGUAGCCCAUGCUGCACCCCAAGCCCAGCAGCUUUUUCAGCGAUGGCUGGAGGGAUAAAGCCGGGGGAAACGUGGCUCUGCCUUCCCCCCCCGCCUCCUCCUCAUCCCAAACCACCGCAAGCCCCCAGCCCACCCCGAGCCACCUCCACCGCACAUCUGGGAGCCAGUGUUGCGCGCCCCUCCCGCUCUCUGCUCUCCCCCCUCACCAGCAAAUUGCGCCCGUCUGCCCUCCCUCCCUGCUCCCCAGAACCGUUCCCCGGAUCAUCUCCACUCAUCGGACACGACGUUCCAUCCUCUGCACCCCAGAACGCUACCACCCGCUCCAGCCUUCCCAACCGAUAGGUGCCCCCCGCUCUGCGUAUCAGCACCCAUCCCUCGGGCGGGGCGGCAGGCGAAACCCCUCUGCUCCAUAGCUCCCCAGCCCCGUCCGCCCCGUCGGGUCCCACCUGCGCGGGGAGGAGCCGCCUCCGGUAACGGGCGGGGUGGAGCGCACCGGGAGCCGCUAGAUGGCGCCCUACGAGCGGUACCGACGGGGGGGACACAUCGCCCUUUGCCCGGGGACACCCCGGGUCCCCCCCUCUUCGGGGCUCCCGGCCCCACCUGGGCUGUCCCCGGGCAAAGAGCGAUGUCCUAAGGAUCGAGACCCCCGAGGGGGCGGUCUGGGGCGCGGCAGGAGAAGACCGGGAGGAGGGAAAAACCGGGCUGGGAGGAGGAGGAGGAGACCGGGAUGGGGAGGGAGGGGUGUGUAAAGGGGGGGCCCGGCUUGUCGGUGCCCCGCCCGGGGAUGGGAGGAGGAAAACCUCCCGCCGUCCCUUUAACAGCCAGCGGCGCUGCUCGGAGUUCAGGCCGGGGUCAGGGGGAGUUCGCAGCCCGGGUUUCACCUCCGAGCUGGCGGCGUCGGGAACCCCGAGGAACCGCUGCUGCUUCUUCCACAACCACCACCACCUCCUCCUCUUCCUCCUCCUCCCGUUCCGUAGGACCGGCCGGGAGCGCGGGGUAUGGAGGAAGAGAAGCAGCAGAGGAAGAGGAGGGUGGAGGGGAGCAGCAACCGGCGGCGGCCCCCCCGGGGCUGAGCCAUGAGAGUUCACCGAGACCUCAGCUGGUUGGCGGAGGCCACCGGACGCCCAGGGCGGCGGGCGAGGAGCGGGAUGCUGGACGCCAUGGAGGUGCCGAGCCACUCGCGGCAGCUGCUGCUGCAGCUGAACACGCAGCGCACCAAGGGCUUCCUGUGCGACGUGAUCAUCGUGGUGCAGAACGCGCUUUUCCGUGCGCACAAGAACAUCCUGGCCGCCAGCAGCGCCUACCUCAAGUCGCUGGUGGUCCACGACAACCUGCUCAACCUGGACCAUGAGAUGGUGAGCCCCGGCAUCUUCCGCCUCAUCCUCGACUUCAUCUACACCGGCCGCCUGGCCGAGUGCGAGCCGGGCAGCGAGCAGAGCUUGGGUGCUGUGCUGGCUGCCGCCAGCUACCUCCAGAUCCCCGGCUUGGUGGCCCUUUGCAAGAAGAAGCUGAAGCGCAGCGGCAAGUACUGCCACCUGCGCGGGGGCUACGCGCCCUACAAGCUGGGCCGCGGGCUGCGGGCCGCCACGCCGGUCAUCCAGGCUUGCUACUCGGGGACGCCACGGCCCGUGGACCUGCCUCCCGUGGAGCCGGCGGCGCCUCUCAACACGCAGUGCGGGGAGCUGUACGCCUCGGCCGCCCAGGGCGCCCCGCUGCACCCCCACGGGCUGUGCCCGCCCGAGCGCCACUGCUCGCCGCCCUGCGGCCUCGACCUCUCCAAGAAGAGCCCCACCGGCCCCUCCGCCCAGCUCCUGCCCACCGACCGCCUGCUGCCCAGUGAGCCCCGCGAACCCUCGCUGCCCCCACGGCACGACAGCCCCCCCGUCAGCGCCGGCCUCCUGGGCAGCCACGCCGCUGCCUACAAGGACUCCCCGCCGGGCGGUGAGCCGGGGGGGCACCCCCACGCCCCCGACCCCUUCCGCAGCACGCCGCCCUGCGCCGAGCCCCCGCUGCCCCGUGCGGACGGGCGAGAGCUGAUGUACCGCUGGAUGAAGCACGAGCCCCUGGGCCCCUACCUGGACGAGGGGGAGGCGGAGAAGGAGCUGGAGAGGGAGGAGAAGGCCGAAUCGCCGCCUGCGGCACCGCAGCCCCGCUACCCCAGCGUGGAGAGCAACGACCUGGAGCCUGACAACAGCACGAGCGAGGAGACGGGCAGCAGCGAGGGCCCCUCGCCCGGCGACGCGCUGGACCGCUACUGCAACCACCUGGGCUACGAGCCGGAGAGCCUGGGCGACAACCUGUACGUCUGCAUCCCCUGUGGCAAGGGCUUCCCCAGCUCCGAGCAGCUGAACGCCCACGUGGAGGCCCACAACGAAGAGGAGCUCUAUCACAAGGCGGCGGCCGAGCAGGCCGUGCCCUUCCUGGACAAAGGUGGCCCGGGGCUGGGUGACAUCUUGCGGCCUUACCGCUGCUCCUCCUGCGACAAGUCCUACAAGGACCCGGCCACGCUGCGGCAGCACGAGAAGACGCACUGGCUGACGCGCCCCUACCCCUGCACCAUCUGCGGCAAGAAGUUCACGCAGCGCGGCACCAUGACCCGCCACAUGCGCAGCCACCUCGGCCUGAAGCCCUUCGCCUGCGACGCCUGCGGGAUGCGCUUCACCCGCCAGUACCGCCUGACCGAGCACAUGCGCAUCCACUCGGGCGAGAAGCCCUACGAAUGCCAGGUGUGCGGCGGGAAGUUCGCCCAGCAGCGCAACCUCAUCAGCCACAUGAAGAUGCACGCGGCCGGCCCCGACGGCAAAGCCAAGCUGGACUUCCCCGACAGCGUCUAUGCCAUGGCCCGGCUCACCGCCGACCAGUUGGGGCUCAAGCAGGAGAAGGCGGCCGAGCUGCUGUCCCACACCUCGCACUUCCUCAGCGACCCCAAGGCCAUGGAGAGCCUCUACCCCCUGGCCAAGUUCACGGCUGAGCACCUGGGGCUGAGCCAGGACAAGGCGGCCGAGGUGCUGGCGCAGGCUCCGCACCUCCACACCGAGGCCGCCCGGACCAUAGAGCGAUACUCGCCCCCCUAGCACCGGCCUGGCCGGGGGGCUGAGGGGGCCGCUGGGCUCCCCUCGCUGCCCCGUGUGGAGCUGGGGGGGGCGAGAUGUGAUGGGUGCUCGUCCCCAGGCGUUGCCGACGGUCCCGGAGAACUCGCUCGUAGCGAAGGUCC